AUGCCGAACAUGCGGAGCGUCCUUGUAUACACAUUUCCAAUAUUCCUUACCGUCGGGGCGUCAUCGUCCCAUGCCGAUCUUCCAGGUGAGCCAUACGCGACUCCCAGCAGAGCCUUAUUGCAGGUUCGAACUCGGCACGUGAUGGAGCCAUCUGAACUUUCAGGUGGGCCAAACGAUGCCGGGCGAGAGCACAUCCGCAAGGAGGUGCCGGAGGUGCGGGAGGUGCAGGUUGAAGAACUGGCACCUCCAGAGGGCCCCUUGUUUGAGCAGUGCCGAGCUCGGAAGAAGAAGCUGGUGGGCAUGGCAGAGGACCAUGGCAACCGCAAUGCCAGCGUCAGUCUACUCUCGAAUUCACUUGGAAAGCAAGCCGCAGCGUGCUCUUUGGAGCAAACCACUUUAGUGAACUUCGCGAGCAAUGGUGAUGCCAUUCAUAGCUGCUGUGAAGCAGCGAAGACUACUUGCUCGGGCUGCGCGCAAGUCAGUGGAUCCAGUUGCAUCCAGUGUGCUGGUGGAUUUCGAGAAGGUCCUCAUGGAUGUAUUGCAUGCCGCGACAUUCCAGGUUUCGUGGAUCCUUCUGGCCACACUUGCGCAGACUACGUGGCCCAGGGGAUCUGCCAGGAUGGCAGCAAAAGUCUAUCGGACUUCAACGCUAACAUCGUCGCCCAUGUCGCCAUGGCAGACUACAAAUAUAACGGACUCAGUGCUGUGGAUGCUUGCUGUGCUUGUGGCGGUGGUCUACAAACAAGCACUCCCUUCACCUACUCGGCAAACCUCCGGUCAUUUGUUCUGGGCGUGCCGAUGAAGGACCAGCCCCACCCGCGCACAGCUUCCAGCUACCGGGUGGCUGGUGUGCUGGAAGGCUCAGGCUGCGAUCUGCACUCAGUUGGUUUAAGCCUCAAUGCCGAGACGGGCGAAAUCUCGGGGACUCCUACGGCGGAGGAACCCGUGGAGGUGGAGUGCGUCAUCCAAGCGGUGCAAGACGAGUCGAAAGGCUUGAUCGAAAACAGCAGCGUCAAGAUAAGUUUGCAGCACUUCGCUUAUGCGGGGAAAAUUCUUCCGUUUCCAGCAGAGAGCCCCUACUUGCCUCGUGUAUCCAGCGGUACCUACAGCAACUGGCGCGUGGCAUGUACACCACACGCCCCGUGGCUGACGAUCGAUCAGCACACAGGCGCUCUGGAAUCAUCAAGUCUUGGAGCACCUGAAGCAGCUUUUUGCACCGUCACCGCCUACAACGGAACGACGGACCUAACGCUGCCCUUGCCUGUCGUGGUGCCCAACCAGUGGGCGUCGAUGGACCUGAAACAAGUGAUUAUGGAUAAAAAGGUGUCCGUGGGAUCUGUCUUGGACCUUGUGGCGGGACGAGCCGUGCCCCCAGUGGCUUUGGCAUCUGCGGAUGGCUCUGACCAUCUCACACCGCCUGUGGUUUUCUACGCGGCCUGCGAUAGCGAAGGGAACGGUGACGAGCACGCGUUAGCAACGUGGUUCGUCGUGAGUCAUCUCUCCGCAUCAGUUCGAGACCUCAACUUUCUGGGCUCCGACCAAGACUCCAAACAAGAGAUGUUUCGGCGCUUUCUCAGUGCUUCCAGUCCUGCUUCAAAGAUAAAGAAGCUGGCAGGCGACGUCCUGGUUCGCGGCCACGUCGCUUUCCGCCUGGAGAUGCUGAGCGGCGAGUUCACAGGCAAGUGA